CGGAAACGGAUUCUCUCUGCGUGCAGCCAUUACCGGAAAUAGGAAGAAGAAUUGCUCAGCUCAGUUCGGCUUACGCCCGAUGAAGAAAUGCCCUCCUCCUCCAAGCUGAGCUCCUUGAUCCGUACAGCUCGCAUAUGCUCCUCCAAGCAAUCUCCUUCCUCUGCCGCUCCCGCUCCUCCUUCUUCAUCGCUGGUCACAUCGGCAGAGAAGACGAAGCUCGAGGCCGUUGGGUCGUCUGCAUCCUCCUCCUCCUCUUCUGUCAGUCAUGUUGUGCCCAUGACCCUCCUCCGGUUGAAGAAAUCCUCCAAGCCGUCCGCCCGCUCCAAGAAGUCCUCUCUCAAGCGGACCGGUGAUCUCCAGGUCACGAACCUGAACCUCGGCGGAUCCGAUUUCGAUUACUUGGCGAGGAAGCAGCUUUCUACGGAUAUUUCUUCUGUGCUAAUCGACAGCUCACCUAGUCCAAAUGUCAUGCCAGAAGUUGAGAAGUCGUCACUACAUACUGUGUUAGAUGUACCAUGGUUUCAAACAUUGAACCCCAUGAUUUCGUUGCACCAGAAAGAAGUAUCACGCGAAAGAAAACUGAAGUGGGUCUUUAAAUGCACUCAAGAUCGCCGUUUUCAGCAAUUAAUUAAAACAUGUACACGAAAGAUAGGCGCAGAGGCCGCCCUGACGGUCUUUGGGAAACUGGGUCGCGAAACUGGAAUUAAGGAGUACAAUGCAUUCAUAGAUGUUUGCAUACAGAAGGCUAGAGCUACUGAUGAUGAUGAUGAUGAUGUUGCAUCACAAGAAAUCUACAAGGCUUAUCAGCUCUUAAGCUUGAUGAAAGAGCGUGGGUACCAACUUGAAGAGGCCACUUAUGGUCCAGUUCUGAUGUACAUGAUCCAUAUGGGUAUGGAGCAAGGAUUCUACUUAGUCACUGAACUUGUCAAGGGCGAUACAGCCUAUACGAACUCGAAGUUCAGUUAUUAUGAGAUGCUUCUGUAUAUUAAUAUGGAACAUGGCGAAAAGAUUCAGCAACUUUGCGACAAUGCUAUAUCCAGUGAUGAGGACAACAAACAUGAUCUAAUAGGACAUUACUUGGUGGCACUAGGCGAGAGCGGAAGUCACAGAGAGGAGAUUUCACGCUUGUCGGACGCUGUAGACCUUAUGAGCAUCUCAUCAAGGAGUUUGUUGGUGAAAAUCUUCAAGUCCUUGGGAAGACAACAACGAGAGUCAACUGCUGAAAAGUUUCUUCUGGCAAUUAAAGACUAUGGUGGAGAAGUGAAGGACGCAACAGAUUUUAUUUUUCACUAUGCUGCUAACCUGCCAAACUUACUGGUUGAGGAUGUGAUUUUGAAGUAUAAAAACCUUCACAAGAAACUCGAAGUGGCGCCUUCAUCUACUUCUUAUGGAAAGCUUAUCACUCACUGUUGCAAUCUACAUGAGGUGUACAUUGCGCUUGAUAUAGCUGACGAAAUGGGUGAAGUUGGCCUGACCUUGUCCCUUGAAGUCUUACAUGCCAUAUUGCAUGCGUGUGAGGAGGCAUAUGAGUAUACUGUGGUUCCCCGAAUCAGAUCAUUAAUUUGCUGCCAGAAUUUGAGCCCAAGUCAUGAGACUUUCAGGUGUCUGAUAAACUUUGCGACAAGAAUGAAAGAUUUUAGUGCUGCAUAUGAUAUGCUUAAAGAUUUGGAGAAGUUCAAUCUGAAGCACACAGCUACCAUCUACAAUACUGUAAUGGCAGGAUUUUUUCGUGAAAAAAAUGUGUCCGGGGCAAAGAUGGUUCUUAGGCAAAUGGAAGCUGCAGGUCUGAAACCUGAUUCUCAGACCUUUAGCUACCUAAUAAGUAACUCUGACUCUGAAGAAGACAUAGUCAAGUACUACGAGGAAAUGAAACAAGGAGGAGUUCAACCGACAAAGCAAGUUUACUUGUCACUGAUCAGUGCAUAUGCAGCUUGUGGACAAUUCGAGAUGGCAAAACAGGUAAUUGAUGCAAAGGGAAUACCUGUCAAGUACUUGAAUGAGAUCAAGAGUGCCCUUGCCUCAGCUCUUGCUUCAAAUGAUAAAAUUUCUGAUGCACUCGAUGUCUACGACGAGAUCAAGCGUAACAAAGGCAAUCUAGAGCCUAAAGCGGCGCUAAGUAUCAUAGACAGCCUUCAAAGAGAAGAUGGGCAACUUGAUAGAUUGUUUGAGGUCCUAAAGGAAUUGGAGGAUGCAGAUAUGGAGAGUUGGACUGAUGGGUGUUGCCGAGUACUUCUCAAUUGUGUUCGAUUUGACCACAUCAGUGUUGCUGUUGAUUUGCUCAAGCAGCUUCAAGAACUCAUCCGGGGCGAUGAGAUGGGAAUGGAGGUUAUCAUUGACGAGGUAUUCUCGAUAGUUCCCGAUGGAGAGCCUGCCCUUCUGCGGAGUGGGCUUGACUUGUUUCGGGCAAUCAAGAAAGAGCUUGGGGUGUCUCCUUCAAGAAAAGUUUAUGAUUUUCUUCUCAGCGCCUGCGUCUACGCGAAAGACCUCAAGAAUGCUCUCUUCAUUUGGAGAGAACACCAGGAUGCGGACUUGCCGUACAAUGUUCUUAGUUUUUUGAGGAUGUAUCAGGCACUUAUGGCUUGUGGGGAUUACAAGACCGCUCAGGUCUUCAGGAAGAAAAUCCCAAAAGACGAUCCUCAUGUCCGAUACAUCCUAGAAGAGUAUGACAAAAUAUACGUUGAUUCGGCCUCUCAGAGUACAGAGAGAAAGAAGAAGAAGAAGAAGAAGAAGAAGAAGAAAAGGAAAGGUUAGGAGGAUGAGGAUGAUGAGGGGAAGUAAGCGAAUGUCUGUGUAGCCCACAAAGUUUCGUAAAGAGGCGGCUAGCAGAAGAGAUGUUGCUUUGGGGGAGGAAACCGGAGGCCGGAAUUUCAUUCUUGACUCCCGAUUUGUAGGUCGGUAAUUAUUCAUUGAUUGAGGAAAUGCACGCACUUCUCGCAUUAAUGCUUGCAGAGGGGGAUUUUUCGAAAUCGGCUAUACAGUUGCAUGAAGAAAGUGUAUGAUAUGGUGGUAGAAAGCGAUAUUGUAGUUUGUGUGAUCGUGAAUGCAUGUAACAGAGAUCAGGAUAAGAUUCAUCGAUAUCAAGAGAGACUUCUGUCUAUA